GUUGCAGAUCCAAACUCGCGCGACGUUCAGCAGUUCCGUGCCAGACUACUUCUCAGAGUCACACAGCAUGCAGCCCUAGCAAAGUGGUUGCUCGUAGAGUCGCUGCUCGCUCUACACAGUCCUCCUCCUUCACCUCGCGAGUUCAGUCGCCAUCGCCCGCCGUCGCACCAGCCUCCACCCUCGCGAGAUCCCCCCCAGCCGCCUCUACAGCAGUACAGCUCCACUUCUGUGUUUCAGAUCAUAAUCAGCUUCAAUGUCUGCAUUUGGCGCAACUACGGUGAAUACAAAUCCUAAUAAGUCUACUGAGGUUGCACAACCUCCCAGUGACUCAGUAUCAAGCCUCUGUUUUAGCCCAAAGGCAAACUUCUUGGUGGCUACAUCAUGGGACAAUCAGGUACGUUGUUGGGAAGUCAUGCAAAGUGGCAUGAAUAUUGGAACAACACCCAAAGCGUCCAUAUCACAUGACCAACCGGUUUUAUGCUCCGCAUGGAAAGAUGAUGGUUCAACAGUAUUUUCGGGAGGCUGUGACAAGCAAGUAAAAAUGUGGCCACUUGGUGGUAAUCAACCUGUAACUGUUGCAAUGCAUGAUGCUCCUGUGAAAGAGAUUGCUUGGAUUCCUGAAAUGAGCCUCUUAGUCUCAGGAAGCUGGGAUAAAACCUUGAGGUACUGGGAUCUAAGGCAGCAAAAUCCGGCUCAUGUCCAACAACUUCCCGAACGCUGUUAUGCACUUGCAGUAAAACAUCCUCUAAUGGUUGCGGCAACUGCUGACAGAAAUCUUAUAGUUUUUAAUUUGCAAAGUCCUCAGACAGAGUUCAAGAGGAUCAUGUCACCACUGAAGUACCAGACAAGGUGCUUGGCUGCCUUUCCUGAUAAACAAGGCUUCCUGGUGGGCUCAAUUGAAGGAAGGGUUGGAGUGCACCACAUUGACGAUGCGCAGAACAACAAAAACUUCACUUUCAAAUGCCACAGGGAGAACACUGAUAUUUACUCCGUCAACUCUCUGAAUUUCCACCCAGUGCAUGGCACUUUUGCUACUGCUGGGUCUGAUGGUGCCUUCAACUUCUGGGACAAAGACAGCAAACAGAGGCUCAAGGCAAUGCAACGAUGCAAUCAGCCUAUACCGUGCAGCACUUUCAACCACGAUGGCUCUUUAUAUGCAUAUGCGGUGUGUUAUGAUUGGAGCAAGGGUGCAGAAAAUCAUAAUCCAGCAACAGCAAAGACUAGCAUUUUCUUGCAUUUGCCGCAGGAAUCCGAGGUCAAAGGGAAACCAAGAACAAGCAACCGGAAAUGAAGAGAAUUAUGUUAAGUGGGAUAGAAAACCAUUUUAGACUUUUAGUUGUACAUGGACGCAUAUCUUGAUUCUGGAUUACGAUAGGCAUACAGCAAAGAGUUGACCUACAGUUUGUUAUCAAUGUUUGGACUCAUUAUAUUGUGCUGUUGGAAGAGAGAAAAUGCUAGUCUCUUAAAUGACAGGCAUAGUGUAUGAAACCAGAUCCUUUUUCUAUGGGUACUACUGAAAGUAAAUCAAGGCUGGUUGUUGAUCUUUUCUGUUUCAUUCUCAU